GCCGCCGCGCCGGGCGGGGCCAGCGGGCCCUGGGCAGCGCCGAGCGGGCCGCACACGGCGCCUGUGCCGAGGGGCAGGGCCGCGGAGGCGGGCGCCCCCUUCCCCUUCCCCUUCCCCUUCCCCCAUGGCGGCGCUGGGCGACACGGCGCGCCUGGCGGCGGCGGCGGCGCAGCGCGGGGCGGCGGCGCUGUGAGGAGCCGCGCGGGGCCUGCGCGGCGCGGCGCCGGGCGGGCAUGGCGGGCCGCGGCCGCCGCGCCUGGCUCAGCGUCCUCCUGGGGCUGGUGCUGGGCUUCGUGCUCGCCUCGCGGCUCGUCCUGCCCCGCGCCUCCGAGCUGGCGGCGGCGGCGCGGCCCCGCCGCGCCCGCCCGCAGGGCUGCCGCCCGCCGCCCGCCGCCGCCGCCGCGCCGCCGCCGCCGCGCCGCGCCGGCCCGCCGGCCCAGAGCUUCCUCUUCGUGGGGGUCAUGACGGCGCAGAAGUACCUGCGGAGCCGCGCCGUGGCCGCCCACCGAACCUGGUCGAAAACCAUUCCUGGUAAGGUUGAAUUCUUCUCCAGCGAGGGUUCGGACACCUCUAUUCCUAUCCCCAUCGUGCCGCUUCCAGGUGUAGAUGACUCUUACCCACCCCAGAAGAAAUCUUUUAUGAUGCUCAAAUACAUGCAUGACCACUACUUGGACAAAUACGAAUGGUUUAUGAGAGCUGAUGAUGACGUUUACAUCAAAGGGGACAAACUGGAGAACUUCCUCAGGAGUUUGAACAGCAGUGAGCCCCUCUUUCUCGGGCAGACUGGCCUCGGCACCACGGAAGAGAUGGGGAAGCUGGCGCUGGAACCGGGUGAGAACUUCUGCAUGGGGGGACCAGGCGUGAUAAUGAGCCGGGAAGUGCUGCGGAGGAUGGUGCCUCACAUUGGCGAGUGCCUGCGCGAGAUGUACACCACCCACGAGGAUGUGGAAGUGGGGCGAUGCGUACGGAGGUUUGCAGGAGUGCAGUGUGUAUGGUCGUACGAGAUGCAGCAGCUGUUUUACGAAAACUACGAACAGAACAAAAAAGGCUAUAUCAGAGACCUUAGGAACAGCAAAAUACACAGAGCUAUAACUUUGCAUCCCAAUAAGAACCCACCAUACCAGUACAGGCUUCACAGCUACAUGUUGAGUCGCAAAAUAGCAGAGCUUCGCCACCGGACUGUACAGCUGCACAGAGAAAUCGUCCUGAUGAGCAAAUACAGCAAUACAGAAGUCCACAAGGACGACCUCCAGCUGGGCAUGCCACCCUCCUUCAUGAGGUUCCAGCCGCGGCACCGAGAGGAGAUCUUGGAGUGGGAGUUUCUUACGGGGAAGUACUUGUAUUCUGGGGCCGAUGGACAGCCCCCUCGGAGAGGCAUGGACUCGUCUCAGCGCGAAGCGUUGGAUGACAUUGUUAUGCAGGUCAUGGAAAUGAUCAACGCGAAUGCUAAGACCCGGGGGAGGAUCAUAGAUUUCAAGGAAAUACAGUACGGCUAUCGCAGAGUGAAUCCUAUGUACGGCGCGGAGUACGUUCUUGACUUGUUGCUUCUGUACAAAAAGCAUAAGGGAAAGAAGAUGACCGUCCCUGUCAGGAGGCACGCUUACCUGCAGCAGACCUUCAGCAAGAUCCAGUUUAUGGAGCACGAAGAGACGGAUGCCAAGGAGCUGGCCAGCAAAAUUAACCAGGAUUCUGGAUCUUUGUCUUUCCUCUCCAAUUCACUGAAGAUGUUUGUUCCAUUCCAGCUCACCGGGUCAAAAGUAGAGAGGAAGGAACUCAAAGACAAGAAGAUCAACAUCCUCAUCCCGCUCUCCGGACGCUUUGACAUGUUUGCGAGGUUCAUGGGGAAUUUUGAAAAAACGUGUCUCAUUCCGAAUCAGAACGUCAAGCUGGUUGUGUUGCUUUUCAAUUCCAAUUCGAACCCGGACAAAGCAAAGCAGAUUGAGCUGAUGAGAGAUUACCACUCCAAAUACCCCAAGGCCGACAUGCAGAUCUUACCGGUGUCUGGGGAGUUCUCCAGGGCACUGGCUCUGGAGGUCGGAUCUUCUCAGUUUCAGAAUGAGUCUUUACUCUUCUUCUGUGAUGUUGACUUAGUGUUUACCACAGAAUUUCUCCAGCGGUGUAGAGCCAAUACGGUUUUGGGUCAACAAGUAUACUUUCCAGUCAUUUUUAGCCAGUACGAUCCAAAGAUUGUUUAUAGUGGAAAAGUUCCUAGUGACAAUCAUUUUGCCUUCACCCAGAAAACAGGUUUCUGGAGGAACUAUGGCUUUGGUAUUACCUGUAUUUACAAAGGCGAUCUUCUUCGAGCAGGUGGCUUUGAUGUCUCCAUCCAAGGUUGGGGCCUUGAAGACGUCGACCUAUUUAACAAAGUAAUUCAAGCUGGCUUAAAACCUUUCCGAAGCCAAGAAAUUGGAGUAGUCCAUGUACAUCAUCCUGUUUUUUGUGACCCUAAUCUUGAUCCAAAACAAUAUAAAAUGUGCUUGGGGUCCAAAGCUUCAACUUAUGGGUCCACACAGCAGCUGGCUGAACUAUGGUUUGAGAAAAAUGACCCAAGUUUUGGGAAAAGCAGCAAUACUAAUGGCUCAGUGAGGACAGCCUAAUGUCCAGCUAUGCUGGAAAAGACUUUUUUUUUAAUUAUCUAAUUUAUUUUUGGGAAAAUGUUUUUUGAUAGUUCACUUUUAAAAGACCACACAGGAUAUAUUUUAGAAAUCAUCGUUGUUUUCUUACAAAGAGCUCAUUUUGAGAAGAACAAGGCUGUUGGUUUUUUGUUGUUGUGUUUUUGUUUUUAAACAAAACUGUGAUCAAUAUUUGCCUUCAAACAGAAAUUUGUUUAAGAAUGAUCUGACAGAUCUGCAGAAGUCUGACUUGAAUUAGAAUUUCCUUAUGAACAAAAGAUUGUUUUCUACCUUUUCCGUUGCUGUCUUCGUUGCUAGGAUUCUGUAAAUUGGGACCUGAAUGUUCAAGCAAAGUGACAAAACACUGUAUCAAAAUGUUUUGUUGUGACUGCUGCGUUACAAAGAGUCUACUUACUGUUAAAAAUAGCCAUUAUUUAAAAAAAAAUUGCAUUAGAACAAAACAAAUCAGCGUGGUGGCAAUGGUAAGGGUCUUAGCUGCAGAAGUUAUUCUGAUGGCUGAUUAUUUCAGUUAAAAAUCUACUACUUCUGGUGGCCAGGCAACUUCAAGGGAGGGGAGAAAGUAAGCACAACCUGCUCUCAGAUUAGUCCUUGUAGAAAUGUUUGUCUUUUAUAUUUGGUCCAUAUAUGGAUCUAGUGUUUUAAGAAUCCAUGAUGGAUUCUGCGUAUUACUCUAAACCGCUGUCCUGGCUGGAGCUGAGACUAGGUGGUAACGAAAGGCUGGAGCGUAACGAGUGGAGGGAGCGGAUGGGAAAUGAGACUCGCCUGCGGCAAAGCAGCAGUACACAGUGGAAAAUUAGAGAUCCCUAGUAAAAACGCUGAAAAUCUUGUAUACAAAGUGUACUGCGUCUCAUUACAUUAAUUUUGUUCAGUCAGUUACAUGAUGUUAAUGGGAACAAUUAUUUCAUUAUUUGAUUACUAGUUUUGUUUUUGGUUUUUUUUCCUGUAUCUGAUAGACCUUUAAUUUAUUUAAUAUCCAUUGUUUUAGGUUCUUGACCUUUCCUUGAAUAUCUGUUAGUCAUUUUAAUAUUUUAUAUAUAUAUAUAUGUGUGUGUAAAUAUAUAUAUAUAUAUUAGGAAUGUAUUGCAUCUUCUCACUGUUAAGGUAGUGUACAUCAUACUUGCAGUAAAUGAUCUCCAAAGAUUACUUUCUAAAGUAUUUUUUCAUGGAACUUUUUUUCUCAAAUUUCCUUAACAUUUUCCGGAACGAUUUAAGUAAGCCUAGGAAUUUUUUUUGAUCCGAUAAGAGGAACAGGGGAUGGGGAGGCUGAAAACAAGGACAGUACGAGCCCUGUGAAUUAACACCUAGCAAGGUUACAGAAAAUAAACAAAAUAAAGUGCCUUAAAGCCAGCUAAAGGGAACCCUUUCCACUGAGACUUCAGCAGAGAAUGGAAGUUGUCGUUGAAGCAGAUGAUCUGUCGGGACCUACCUGUAAAUAUCUCGCCCAGCAGGAACAAAAAAUAAAAACCAGCGAACAGUAUAUUUUUCUAUUGCAUCCUCCAGCGCCGGUUUGUCUCGCUGUUCUCGGGGCCGCUUUACCUCCUCUUUGGGGAGUGGAGACGAGCGCAAGCAAGGCUGGAAGGCAACGCGUAGGGCGUUGCCGUGUUUGAGGGGAAUCUCACGCAGAAAGCGCUAUUCCAGUAGAAAAAAUAAUCAUUGUUUACACAUGUAUGGACUAUGAACUGCAACUAGCGUAGCUUCGAUGUCUUAUAAUGUUCAUCGUUUUUUGGUGACAGUCCCAAGGAUGUAGGUACUUGGAUGGAUACAGUGCAUGGAUUUUUUUUUUUUUUUUUAAGACUUGCUUCUAAGAUGCAAUAAAGAUUUUUUUUUUUUUCAUUUGCAA